AUGAAAAAGAGAGAUGAAAAUCUUAUUGGCUGUGAGGGACCUUGUGGUUCCUGGUUUCAUCCUGAGUGCUAUCUUAUGGAUAAUAAUGAUUUUAAAGUAAUUCAUAAAUUGAAGAAUAUUUAUUUUAUUUGUAAUUCCUGCAAAACAAAAAUUGAAAUUGUCGACAAAAAAGAUAAUGAAAACCAGAAAAGGAAAAUCUCUAAUAUCGAUUCGAACUUUUCUAAACUUAUUACCGAACAAGUGACCAAAGCUAUCUUUGACCAAUUCCGAGAUGAGAUAACUCAAAAAUUAGAAUCCUGUUUUGAAGCUAUUCAAGAAAAGAUUAAAGACGCAAUUUCUACAAAUUCGUCAAAUAUAGCUGAACCUUCUUACGCCAAUGUUGCUUCUCAAUCCAAGUAUAUUCUGCAGCCAAAAAUUAAUAUUACUCAAUUAGUUUCCACAACUAAAUCCGAAAUGGUGCAUUAG